AUGGCUCUGUUUUGGUUAACGCUUGUUUUAAGCGUAAUUGGAAUCCAUGCUGGUGGUGAAUUCAGUGUAAUACAUAGCCCAAAAUCUUUGAAGUUUUCGGGUUCUACCAAGACGUUAGAGAGCCUAUUAAAAGAAGUUUUUUCAGCUUCUCUCGGUCUCUCCGUAGAGGAGAACUCUGAAUGGAAUGGACUGUCUAUUGUCGACCCUUUCGAUACUCCUGAGGCCGUUGUUGAAGUUUACGUAGAUGGUGUAUCAUCACUCGGAAGUUCAGCUAGUCUCAAGGCCAAGACGUACCCGUUAACUGUUGAUGAAUAUGAACCUGAUACAUUUGAUGCAGUCUCACACAGAAUAAAACAACAUUUUACAAAUGGUGGAAACAAACUAGUUAAUAUCAGGUUAUCUGAGCCUGAGGACCUAACAGCAUACUCUGAAGUCUUUGGUGUUAUUCCACCACCAAAGGUUGGCAAACAGCUAUUGCAACAUUUGAAAUAUGACAACUAUGAUGAAGAUUAUCAGUUCCUCUUUGAAUUGGAAACGUUGAAGGCUAUUACUGCUAAGGUGCGGUCUGGCGCUAUUUCUGCUGACAAUGUUGUGGACUGCUACAACUUUAGAUUCACCUCUCUUCAUGCUCUAUCAGACUUCCAUGGACCCAACUCUCUGCAAACAAAGGAAGCUAAGAAACUCUUGGGUGAUGCUCUCCAAGAUCUGAGCAAUGCUUUUGUUAAGGCUUAUGAUGGUUCAGUGCUGGUGACAGCUGUCACAACUGAUGUUGCUCACACGAGGCGUGCAGUGCGCGAAGCUCCCGCCGAUCCUGCUGUCAAUCAGUUGAAUCCUGCUGAUGACCACUACACAGCUGAUUACGCCGCCAUAUUCAACAUUAUCCUUUGGUUUGGCGUGGUGUUCGCGUUCACUCUUAUUGCCAUCGUAUACGCCAUAAUGGAUAUGGACCCCGGUAGGGAUUCUAUCAUCUAUCGUAUGACAAGCACGAGGAUGAAGAAAGAUAACUAG